AUGCAUCCGUCUCACUUCGUGCUCUAUCUCACUUUACUGGUGGCUGUGGGACCAGUGGUUCUGAGUGAGCAGGAGACGCACCAUCAGCAGCCCUCCGCCAGCAGCCCGGAGGACGCGGAGCCGUGCGCCACCUGCGACGUCCGGCAGCAGAUAAAGACCAUGCGGCUGAACGCCAUCAAAUCUCAGAUCCUGAGCAAGCUGCGGAUGAAGGAAGCUCCGAACAUCAGCCGGGACAUCGUGAAGCAGCUCCUGCCCAGGGCGCCGCCGCUGCAGCAGCUCCUCGACCAGUACGACGUGCUGGGAGAUGACAACAGGGUGGUGGUCAUGGAGGAGGAUGAUGAGCACGCCAUCACGGAGACAAUCAUGAUGAUGGCCGUUGAACCCGAGCCCAUCGUCCAAGUGGAUGCGGAGCCCAAGUGCUGCUUUUUCUCUUUCACCCAAAAGUUCCAAGCCAGCCGCAUCGUGCGCGCGCAGCUCUGGGUGCACUUGCGACCGGCGGACGAGGCGACCACCGUGUUCCUGCAGAUCUCCCGCCUCAUGCCGGUCACGGACGGGAGCCGGCACAUACGGAUCCGUUCCCUGAAGAUCGACGUGAACGCCGGGGUCAGCUCCUGGCAGAGUAUAGACGUCAAGCAGGUGUUGAGCGUGUGGCUGCGGCAGCCGGAGACCAACUGGGGCAUCGAGAUCAACGCCUUCGAUUCGAGGGGCAAGGACUUGGCCGUGACCUCCACGGAGCCCGGAGAGGAGGGACUGCAACCGUUCAUGGAGGUGAAGGUCUCCGAGGGCCCGAGGCGGGUGAGGAGAGACGCCGGCCUGGACUGUGACGAGAACUCCCCGGAGACCCGGUGCUGCCGCUACCCGCUCACCGUGGACUUUGAGGACUUCGGCUGGGACUGGAUUAUUGCCCCGAAGCGCUACAAGGCCAACUAUUGCUCUGGGGAGUGUGAGUACAUGCACCUGCAGAAGUAUCCCCACACCCACCUGGUGAACAAGGCCAACCCCAGGGGGACCGCGGGCCCCUGCUGCACCCCCACCAAGAUGUCGCCCAUCAACAUGCUCUACUUUAACCGCAAGGAGCAGAUCAUCUACGGCAAGAUCCCCUCCAUGGUGGUGGACCGCUGUGGAUGCUCUUGA